UAAAAAGAGGAAAAAAAAAGGCCACGAGCCGUAAAAACCCCCGAGCAGCUCUCCACGAGAGCCCCCGCAAAACCCUAGCUAGCCCCCCUUCCUCCUGCUCCUCCUCCGCCGCGUCGCGCGGAGCCCUGGGCGGAUCUCUGACCCAAUGGCGUCGCCGGACCAGUUCCCCAACGUCUCCUUCGCCGACGUCAACGCCGCCGCCGCCGCCGCGCAGGAGCCCGGCGGCGGUACGGCCGUGUUCAGCGGGGACGGGGCGGCGGCUGCGCGCCUCAGGCUCGCCAGGACCGGAGCUGAGCAGGCGGUCGAGAUCGACCUCGCCGUCGCGCAGAUAUUCAAGCUGGGGCGGACGGAGUGGCUGUGCGUGAGCGGCGAGACGGAGGCUAAGAGCGGCGUCGAGGAGAAGUUAUUUUCAAGAGCAAUUAAGGUUGUUCUUAGGACAGAAGCUGAGAGCAAAGCCUUCUCUCUAGCUUUUCAACGAUGGAAACAACGAAUGAUUAGUGGAAAAGAUGGUGAACCCUUGGAGAAUGGAUCGAUAACAGUCUGUAAAAGUAAAUUUGAUACAAAAAUUGAGGCAUCAUCAGCACAAAUGUAUUUCCACUACUAUGGCCAGCUGUUACAUCAGCAAAAUAUGUUACAAGAUUUUGUGAGGACAGGAACAUACUAUGCUGCUGUAAUGGAGAACAGAUCUGACUUUGAGGGUCGGAUUGUGGUUGAUGUUGGAGCUGGUAGCGGCAUUCUUUCAUUAUUUGCUGCACAGGCUGGUGCCAAACAUGUCUAUGCAGUUGAGGCAUCUGAAAUGGUCGAACAUGCUCAACGGCUUAUUUCCGGGAACCCAUCUCUCGGACAGCGAAUCACGAUCAUCAAAGGCAAAGUUGAAGAUGUUGAACUUCCAGUGAAAGCUGAUAUACUGAUUUCCGAGCCUAUGGGAACCCUUUUGGUGAAUGAGAGGAUGCUGGAGUCCUAUGUUAUAGCUAGGGACAGAUUCCUUGCUCCGGGUGGUAAAAUGUUCCCAACAACAGGAAGGAUUCAUAUGGCUCCAUUUUCCGAUGAAUACCUUUAUGUUGAAAUGGCAAACAAGGCUCUCUUUUGGCAGCAGCAUAACUUUUUUGGUGUUGAUCUCACACCAUUGCAUGGUUCAGCGUUUGAUGGAUAUUUUUCACAGCCUGUGGUGGAUGCAUUUGAUCCAAGAUUAUUGGUCUCUCCACCUACAUAUCAUCCACUUGAUUUUACUAGCCUGAAGGAAGAGGACCUUUACGAGAUUGAUAUUCCUCUGAGUUUUGUAUCCUCUGUUGGCACUAGGGUACACGGGCUAGCUUGUUGGUUUGAUGUAUUGUUUGACGGGAGCACUGUGCAAAGAUGGCUUACCACUGCUCCAGGCUCCCCUACGACUCACUGGUACCAACUGCGAUGCGUACUUUCUCAGCCAUUAUAUGUUAUGGCUGGGCAAGAAAUAACAGGCCGCCUUCAUCUGGUGGCCCACAGUGCGCAAAGCUACACAAUAUACUUAACAAUGUCAGCCAAAAUGUGGGGUGUGGGUGCAGAGCAAGGCGGCAUCCUGCAGACAUCCACAGCCAAACUUGAACUGAAAGAGCCAUACUACAGGUUGUCUCAACCGCAACCAUAUAUGCCACAAGACCAACAGCAGCAGCCAUUGUCAUCUUUGCAGGCACAGGUGUCUGGACAGCAGAUGCAAGAUGGGCUCAGCCCUGGCAUCACGGUAGAGCAAGAGCGAGACUCAGCGGCCUUCACUCGAUAGGGCAUAGGGCGGGAACACCUGAGUUGCAUGCUUUGCUUCCUGCGACGAGCUUACGUCUGUAAAACAGUAUCCUCCUGCUGGGUGUCACUAUGCGUAGCUGCCAAUGACUGCCAUGGCGUCCAAUGUGUUUCGAGAUCACAGUGCAGCAGCUGCAGCUUACUGUGCUUGCGCCUGCCCCAUUAUUCAACGUCUGAGAAACAAUAAGAAUCUGUGUAUCUGAUCGGAGGUAAAGCCCAACGAAGAAGGCAUCUAAUCGGGAAAGAAGGUUGUAUGUUCCUAUGUACUAUUACGUUAGAAAUUGAUUGUUGCGUGUCGAUCAUGUGAAUGAUGUUACAAGUCUUCUUUCGUCGCCAAUUCGCAGUUAAAAGGUAAGGUGAGUUUUCCACUU